GAUGAUGAAAUUUUUGAUGUUGCUGAAUAUAUUAGUAUUUACUUCAAUAGCAGAUGUUUGUGGUAUAUAUAUAUUGUAAUUAAUUAGAUACUAUUCAAUAGUAAUACAAUGUAUAUGCUACUGUAAAUGAAACUUAGGAAUGGGAUAUGCGAAAGUACUUUUUCACAGGAGAUAAUCUAAAAUUUAAAGUUACAGAGGAUUGUCCUUAUUUUGAGACAAUUGAUCCUUUUGCUGAAAUAGGAGAUUCUAUAAGUCAUAGAGAUCGUAAUUAUUAUAAUUGAUAUUUAGCUUCAAUUGGAAUUAUCAGAAGUCUCAAAGCUUACAGAUCAUUUGAAAAUGGAGCAUGGUUGAAUGACUUUAUUUUCUUAGAGUAAAAUAAGUCAGAUGUUGAUGUAUUUUAUUCUUAUGGGUAUAUUUCUUAAAUUAUUUAAUCAUAGUGAUCCAUAAAAAAUGGAUAGAGUUCCUGCAUUUAGUGGUUAAAUUAAUGCCAGAAAUUAAACAUAGAAUUUCGUAUGUUUUGAUUUAGAUUUCUUGACUAAUACUAAGAUAAUAGUAGAUUGCUAUUAACAAGAUCGGGAUGAUUAGAAAAAAGGCUAUACAAAUGGAUUUAUAGUAGUAGAUAUUGCUAGUCCAGAUCAAUAUGCUCUAUUUCCAAAUGAACAUCCUUAAGGAUAUAAUUACAAUUAUACAGAAUUUCGAAGAAUUUUUUUCCACAAUUAUACUUAUUCAAAUCGUGAUAGAUAAGCUUUAUUAUUUAGAGGAGAACCUGCAUGGGCUACUGAGCAUGCAGAUUUGGUGUAAAAUAAAUUAGAUGAUGAUUGUGAAUUGGAAGUUUACAGAUUUGAUAAUAAAUUUCAAUUAUCAAAUCCAGCUCCUGUAGCUGUAUUGACUAAAAAAGUAUUAGCAAAUUUAUUAGGAACUUCUGAAGAAACAUAAAAAUUUUAUUUAAUUGAUUUCUAAUUAGAACCUAAUGGAGAUAUAUAUGUAUUAGAUGCAUUUAAUGGUGUUUACGUUUUGUAUUUCGAAUCAGCCAAUCUAGAAUGGAAACUUAGGACUCAUAUAAAACCACCAUAUCUAACACCAUGUUUUGGAUUUGAUUUUAAUUAUUUAUAAGGUGAGGAAGGAAAUGUUACCAACCAUUUAGUUUUGGUGUUCGAAAAUUCAGUUAACUUUUAUGAAAAUGAUUUAUAAAAGUUUUCAAUUAAGACUCCAAAUGUUACUUCAUACAAAAAUUUAUAGGUGUAAAUGAGUUAAUAAUACUUGGUUUUGAGGAUUGAUACAUACCUUUAUAUUUAUCAUGCAAGUACAGGAUCUAAACUUUAUACAUUUACAUAAAACUUGUUUGAUUAAGUAAUAAUCAAUCCUUAUGAACCAGAUUUGGUAGGAGUAAAUGAGAAUUCUGCUCAUAGAUUCUUAAUUAGUAAUGGUUUACUUCGUUUAAAGUAUCUAGAUAGUACUAAUGAUGGAUUAAAACCUUAUACAUUAAGAGCCAUUUCUUUAGAUAAUUAGUCUUAACAAUGUGAAGUUCUUCUUAAUGUAUAAGUUUUGAAAUCUAAUGACACUUCUAUUAGAUAAUAAAGUAAUCAUCCUCUUCCAGCAACUUUAACAAUACCAUCUCCUCCUAUUGCCAUUGAUUUAAUAGCAUCAGGGCCAAAUCUACAAUAUAUGUCUUUAGAUACACUUGAUAACUCAAGAGGCAAUAACAAAGUAAUAAUAACAAUUAAAUCUGCAUGGAAUUUAUAAUUAAAUGGUAUUACUUUACCAGAUGCUAAAGAUGUUGAAUAUUCAGAUGUAUUGGUUAAUGAAAAUUCAGGAGUAUUUUAUUUAUUACUCUAAAUUCCAUCUAAAGAGAUAUUUGUUUAUAAAUGCAUACAUAAAUUAACUAAUCAUGAAUAAGCUGACUGCAAGAAUUAUGAUAAAUUUUAAUUAGAUCAUUUAAUAGAUAAAACUAAACACUCAUUUUAAUGGUGGAUCUAUACUCUAUAUAUCACAUAUAUGUAUUAAGAUACUGAUUAUACAAUUUAAAUAUAUGCAAGUGCUGGUGGAAAUGUUUAACAUGUUGGUACAAUAGAAGUAGAUAGUGGUUCACCAGAUAAUAAAAUUGAUUCAGUAACAUUUUUAGAAGAUGAAAUCUAUGUAGUUUAAUCUAAAUUAAAAAAAGUGUAAAUAUAUUCUAAAUAUAUGCCUUUCUAAUUGAUCUAUGAGAUAACUGAUAGUAAAUUAGCAUAAUUUAAUGUGAAAGGUAAUUUUACUCCAUUAAGAGUAUUUGCAAAUAAAAAAGCUAAAUCCUCUUUAAUUUUUAUUUAAACUGCAACUACAUUAUUUGUUGGAACAUUUUCAAAUGAUAAAAUUUCAUCAUUUAUUUUAUAAAAAGAAAUUUCUAUUCUUCCUGGAGCUUAAGUUGAAGUUGCCAUAGGACCAGAAAACUUUUUCAUAGUUUAAAAAUAAGAUGAUUUAGAUCUUAUUGAAGAAUACAAUUAUAAACAUAUCUAAAGAAUAUAUAGAACAAAAGUCUUGCCUUUAUAUAAUUAUAAAUUGUAAAAACCUUUAACUGUGGACUAUUCAUCUUAAACAGGUUGGCUAUUUUUAAGAGCAAGUGAUUCAAAAUAAACUGUAAUCUUGGUUUAUGAACCUGGAGUUGUCUCACAUAUUUGUCUUCAUAAAGUAUUAGAAACUAAGGCAUUAGAUUUAGAUGGUAAGACAUUUGAUAUGGCUGUUGAUGGAAGCAAAUAAAUGUUUGCAUACUUUAACAAUAAUACAAUACAUAGAUUUGUAAGUAUAUUGGCUGAUGCUGAAUUGUAUGCAACUCCAAUUUUGGAUUCAACACAAUUUGUUACAGAUACUAUUGCAGGAGUUGAAAUUACUAAUUUCCCAGGAAAUUCUCCAUAUAGAUUUUAAAAUAAUAUGAAAAUACUUAAUUCUCAAAGUACUGUGACUAUAAAAUAAUCAUAAUUUGAUAACAAAUAAAAAGUGUUUAAAUUUGUGAAACAGUAAGCUGAAUAGGUCAUUGAUAUGGGAACUGAUUGGUAUUUAGGAUAAGUUACAAGUUUCCAUGUUAUAUGUUAAAAAUGUGGACCAAAUUUAACUAUUAGACCUAAUAUUUAAAUGGUGGCAGAUGGAACUGAUAUGAAAUAUGAUAUUUCUGAUGGAGUUGCAUUUGGAUCUAUUGGAUAAGUAUAUUAAACUAGAAAUUCUUUGAUAUUUUAAGAUAAAAAAGGCAAAUUUUUAUCAAGAUUCGAUAUGAAAUUGGCAACAGAAAAUUGUGAAUUAAUUACUGUAUCAGAUGAUUAAAACUUUAUAUUCUCAAGUUGGCAUAACACUAAAAAUGAAGUUGGUAUCUUUGUUAGUAUUUGCUAAUAACAAUCAUGUCAAUAAUUUAGAUAAGGAAGUUAAGUCAUUGGUGGCAUUCAAAAGAUCUCUAAAAUUUAAAUGGCAGAUAAAAAGAAUAUCAUUAUUUUGAAUACAGAUCCUGAAAAUUUUAGUUCUAUUGAUAAUAUGAUAGUUGUAGGAACAUUUACUUCUGAUGAAAAGAACUUUGCUAUUUCAAAUAAAUAUCUUAUCAAUGAUUAAUAUGUUGGAAGUAAAUUUUUGUAAAUUGGUGAUUUUGAUAUUGCAAAAUAUUCAAUCAAUAGUGUAACUUAUAAUACUAUCGUUUUUACAGAUAUUAAUAAUGGUCUAUACUUUUCUCAUUUUGCAUAUGAUGCUACUGGAGCUUUUUCAAAAACAACUUCUGAAUAGUUUAAACUCCAAUCUGUUUAGGAUAAUUAAUUCUAUAUGAAUGAAGACACUAAGUUUUAUUAAGUAAGAGUCAUUUCAACUUAAGUAUCUGGAACCACUCUUUAACUUAAUAUUUUAGUAACAACAAGCAAUACUGCCCAUUAUGUUAUUGCUUUUGAUUUAGAUGCAUCUAAACCAACAACUUCUAUUUCAAUUAUUAAAACAAAUACAAAAUUAUUAUAUAUUUUAACUCCAUAUGGAACAUGGCGAGCUAUAGAUAAACUUGCUUAUGUUGAUGGACAUGUUGCUAUUCCUUAUACUGAUGAAACUAAUGUUGUUAUUGGAAUUUAUGACCUUCCUUCUGAUAGACCAGCAACUGCUAAAUCAAUUAAAUUUAAUCAUUAUAUUGGUGCAAAUUACUAAAAAGUUUUGCCUAUUGAUUUUGCUUUAUUAUUAAUAAAAGAUUCUGGAGCUAGUUAUGUAAUUUAUAUUUUUUAUAUUCUAGCCUAAUGUAUAUGUAAACAUAAAUUAUGAUUCCAAAUCUGAAGAAUAUUUAAUUGAAAAAUAUGAAUUAAGAGCAGAUCCAUAAUUAAUUCUAAAAAAUUCAACAAAUUUAGAUGAUGAAGUUCCAAUAACUCUUUAACUCUUAAAUGAUUUUACUGAAACUAUAGGACAAGCUUAUUUAUCUAUUAAUGGAUCUCCUAACCCUCCUAAACCUGAUGAUAAAUCAAGGUAAAAUUUAUUUCAUAUUAUAAAGCUCUAAUUGGUGGUGGAUAACAUUAAUCGUAAUUUUUGGUUUAGCUUUACUUGGAGUUGGUGGGUAUUUUGUCUAUUAAAAGUUCUUAAAUAAAAGAGUCGACCCACUCAUUGGAUGAU